AUGCUGUCUACUGGAGAUGUCCAAGGUUGUCUUCGUAAAUUGGAAAGUCUCCUGCGGGUGAUAAGGUAUCCAGGAUAUGUGGACUACAAUGGUCUGUCAAAAGGAGAUCCCUCAGCUUUUCUUCCAAUAGUGAGCUUUACCCUGACAUCCUUCUCUCCACCUCUUGCUGAGCAACUAAUGUCAGCAGGACUGGAGCUUACUGGCAAAACGGACCUCCGAUUCACGGACAAGCUUUACAAGGUACUAAGAGAUAUAUUCCACUAUAAGCCCAUACUAACCAAGCAGCAGUUCCUCCAGUGGGGUUUCUCUCAAAGGAAAAUCUCUGUCAUCUGUGACGUCAUUAACUUGGUCCUACAGAAACAUAACCAACUGGAAAAGGACCGGAGCGAGGCUGGCCCAGCCACACAUACAAAUGGACUACACUGCAGGGAUCCAGGCGAGCUGAAUUUUCGGCCCAGAGGCAGAUGCCCAGGCUCACACAAAGAUCAUAGAGGAGAGGCUCAUCCAACGCUGACUGAUGUAGGCAGUGUGUCCAGGUCAUUUGGUAUGACUCUCAUAGAAAAUGCUUCCACUUUUCCCACAAACUCCUCCCAUAAAGUAACCUCCACCUCUAAUCAUAAUGAAGUCUACUCCAUCACUUCUCCUGAAAAUGGAAUCCCAGAGCUGGCGGAAGGGAAAGAUGACAAGGAUAUCAUGUUGCACUUGUCUGAAGUGGAUAGACGGCUAUUAGCAAUGGAAACUCAGCUAAAAAAUACUCUGUCUGGACUAGACAGGCUCGAGGUCCUGGAGAAACGCCUGGAGGAACUUGAGAGAGGGAGAAAGACAGACGAGACGGGAGAAGAAUUCCUCACCAUAAGUAGCACCAGCUGGGAAAAUCUGAUGAGCAGAAUCCUAUUAUUGGAAACUAAACUGGAACUGAGCAAUCCACAGUUAAAUGCUGCCCAACCAUGUCCAUCCUCCAGCACCUCCAUCUCCACACCUGAUUCUUCGAAGGAGGUCCUCACAGACAGGCUAGAGAGCAUCACCAACAUGCUAAAGAUCACGUCCAAUUUGUUGAAGAACACUGAACCCUUCACAACAUCUUGCUAAUAAAUGAUAAAUGUUGCACACACACACACAUCUUGCUUUGUUGCUUUUUUAAAAAGCGACCUGGACUUUUUAGACAAGAUGAGAAAGUCCUGUACGUAUGUAGUGAAAUUAUUUUAAGAAAGAUAAUGUCACCAUAAAAUGUAUUCAGGUAGGUAGGCCUCAGCUGAUAAGAUUUAAGUAGAUGACUUGUACACUGUACACAAUAAAAUGCUAAAUCCUUAA